AUGUUUAGUUGUCUACUUAAUACAAAGUUGUCUCUUAUACCAAAGGCUAUUCUUGAACUCAAUGAAAUAACAUCAGAUGUAGAAGUAAAUACACAAAUUGUAUUAUUUUGCAGAACAACUGAGGGCUUCAACAUAGCGUAUGAGGUAUUUGAUCUAUACUUGAGAAUGUUUGAACAUUGUUACUCCACCUCAAUGCCAAAUCAAAGAUUCCUAGUCGACAAUCUACACAGUUACAUAAACGCCUAUUCAAAAACUACAGUGGGGUACGCACCCGUAUUCACAGAUAAUCGUAAGUUCUUCGCAAACAUGAUCAACACAGCUGAUUUCAAGAGAACUCUUCAAAAAGAUGUCGCAGUACUUCAAAGUAAUAUAGUGGAGAAAAUGAAGUUCUGCGAUGAUUCCAUCAUGACUGAGAGUGCCUUGAAAUCAUUAUACGACCGAGAAGUUGAUCAAACCAAGCAGUAG